AUGAAGACUGUUGAACCAUUCCGUGUGUUUCUAACCGUUAUGGUGUUGAAAACUUUAUUUCCUUACUCGCUCGGUAAAAAUUACACUAACGUGAUCGAUCUCCGAACGGCUUUGCUAACAGAUUACCACGCGGAUAUUGUGCCUCUAGCAAACCAGUCGUCCACCAUGAAGGUGAACGUUACGCUCUAUCUUUACUCGUUGUUGGACGUUGAUAGCGUUAAGGGGUCAAUGACGAUGCCGCUAAUGACAAUGUGCACGUGGAUGGACGAACAAUUAACAUGGACGCCGUCAGAUUACGGAGGUGUUGAGGAGAUUGCGUUCUACCAGAGCGAGGUUUGGAAACCCCCAUUGAGCCUUGGUACGCCCGUCGAGUUUGUCAUCAUGCAAAACGACAUGAUGCAUGUGAUUGUGAUGUAUAACGGAAUGGCCAUGAUGUCCCCUGGAAAUAUCAUCGAGAGCGCCUGCACUUUCAACAUGAAGUUCUGGCCCUUUGAUAAACAGGUAUGUGAUGUGAGUUUCUGGGCCUACGAUGUUAUAGACAACCAAGUGGAACUAAAUAUUCCUGACGACGGUUUUGUCAGCCUUGUGACCAAAAACGCUGAGUGGAUAUUAGAAUCUACGAGGUUCUUCAAACGGCAGUCUGGAAUGAUGAAAGAAGUCGUUUUUCGGCUGUACCUGAAACGCCAGUCAGGGUUUUAUGUUUUGACCAUUCUGCUACCAAUAAUUGGUUUGUCAUUUCUUGGAACAAUGGUGUUUCUUCUACCUGUGGGUUCCGGAGAAAGGGUUGGGUUUUCAAUGACAGUCAUGCUAUCUCUGUCAGUGUUUCUGACAGUUAUUGCAGACGAAAUGCCAAAAACCUCGGAACCUAUUUCCAUAGCCGCAGUACUAAUUGUUUUUCAGACGGUCUGUGGCCUCACAGAGACUAUGAUCGCAAUCAUGACUGAGGUACUGAACGCCAAACAUGAAAAAGAAAAACAGCCAGGAUGGUGUAAAGCGUUUGUAAAAGCCUCACAAUAUAAGUUUUGUUUCAACAACAAAGUCGAGGAUGAACUUCAACAUGAUAACAGAGCGGCAAAAGGAAAGCCUACAUCAGCGAAAAGAAAUAAAUCCCUAGCAUCCAACAAAGAAACUAUUCUAAAAAAAGAGAUUGAUGACAGAAAAAUAGACAUAGAUAACAAUAGCGAUGAGGAUACAGAUGAGACGUCUCAGUGGAAACACCUCUGUGAUGCGAUAGACAAAGUUUCAUUUUGUUUUUUCUUUUGUAUUUGUUUGCUAGUUACAAUUAUUCUUAUGGCCUACAUGAUUGCUGGCUCAGCGUAUGAAGAAUAUUGA